UUCAGCUCUGCUUCUAAACCCAGUAGAGAAAAUAGAGAAUGUUCCUGAUCUGUUAUCAAUGGAGAUGGAAGGAUACAUUAAUGGCGGUCCUGAAAUAUGUCUAAACGCAGAUAAGCUAUGGACGGUGCCCAAGACUGAUUCUUCAUUCCAAACGAGCUUUCAUGAAAAUGGCGGCUACAUUAGAGAUUUACAAAGUCCUGUUACUAGAGAGAGAAUGAUGAUGAUGAAGAUGAUAGAAGAAGGAAACCUGAAAAUUGGAAGAUGCAAUGCAGAGGAGAGGAAGAAGAAGAUACAGAGAUACAAAGUCAAGAGGAUGCAGAGGAAUUUCAACAAGACAAUCAAGUAUGCAUGCCGAAAGACGUUAGCAGAUAGCAGACCAAGGAUACGUGGAAGAUUCACUCGAAAUGAUGAGACUGCAAAAAUAAUUUCCAACUGUGCACCUCUAAUUUGCAAUAGGAUUAAGGAAGAAGAAGAUUUCUUUAAGAUUGACGGGAUAUUUGUGAACGGGUUAGGAGGGGAAUUGGGUCCGACCUGGUUUGAAUACUGCACUGGGAAUGAGGAAACAUAUUGGAUGUAAAAUGUGUAAUUUCUU